AUGACCAAAUCCUACAGCGAGAGCGGGCUGAUGGGCGAGCCGCAGCCGCAGGGGCCUCCGAGCUGGGCGGACGAGUGCCUCAGUCCCCAGGACGACGGGCACGACACGGACAGGAAGGAGGGCGACCUGGAGGCCAUGGACGCGGACGGCCCGCUGAGGAACGGCGGGGACGAGGGCGACGACGACGACGACCUGGAGGAGGAGGAGGGGGAGGAAGAGGAGGACGACGACCAGAAGCCCAAGAGACGCGGCCCCAAAAAGAAGAAGAUGACCAAGGCGCGCCUGGAGCGGUUUAAGCUGCGGCGCAUGAAGGCCAACGCCCGCGAGCGGAACCGCAUGCACGGCCUGAACGCGGCGCUGGACAACCUGCGCAAGGUGGUGCCCUGCUACUCCAAGACCCAGAAGCUGUCCAAGAUCGAGACGCUGCGCCUGGCCAAGAACUACAUCUGGGCCCUGUCGGAGAUCCUGCGCUCCGGGAAAAGCCCGGACCUGGUCUCCUUCGUACAGACGCUCUGCAAGGGCCUGUCGCAGCCCACCACCAACCUGGUCGCGGGCUGCCUGCAGCUCAACCCGCGGACUUUCCUGCCGGAGCAGAGCCAGGAGAUGGCCCCGCACCUGCCGACGGCCCCCGCGUCCUUCCCGGUGCACGCCUACUCCUACCAGUCGCCGGGGCUGCCCAGCCCGCCCUACGGCACCAUGGACAGCUCCCACGUCUUCCACGUGAAGCCGCCGCCCGCCUACGGCGCGGCGCUCGAGCCCUUCUUCGAGAGCCCGCUCACGGACUGCGCCAGCCCCGCCUUCGACGGGCCGCUCAGCCCGCCGCUCAGCAUCAACGGCAACUUCUCCUUCAAGCACGAGCCGUCCGCCGAGUUCGAGAAGAAUUACGCCUUUUCCAUGCACUACCCGGCAGCGAGCCUGGCGGGCGCCCAAGGCCACGGAGCGGUCUUCUCGGGCGCCGCGGCCCCUCGCUGCGAGAUCCCUUUGGACAACAUCCUGUCCUUCGAUAGCCAUUCGCAUCACGAGCGCGUCCUGAGCGCCCAGCUCAAUGCCAUCUUUCACGAUUAG